UCGGCUCGGCUCGGCCGCAUCCACGGAAUCAAAUCAAUCCAACGAGCGAGCGAGCGAACGAACCAACCCCUUCUUCGCCUCGGCUUCGCUUCCCCGUCUUUUCCUUCCGCCUCACCAACCUCGUCUCGUCUCGUCUCGUCUCGCCUCUCGAUCCUUCCACCCCACGCCGCCCUCUGCCAUCAUCGUCGUCAUCCCAUCCGGAUUGCCACCCAACCAAUCGCCAUUUGCUUCUCGCUUUCCCUCUCCUCCCCCAACCACUCCAUCAUCAUUCGCAAUCCAAUCUCGCUCUUGGUUGGCGUCGAUUUUGACGCGGUCUGGUUCGUGAAUCCGACGGAGCCGGGUGAUCUGCGGCGGGACUUGCAGAUCCGAGCGGGCGGGGCGGGGCGGGUUCGCUCGUCGGAUGUGUGGAUCCUGGUGAGGUGAGGCGAUGCCGGGCGUCGGCGUGAAGAUCUACAGCGUCUUCUUCAAGUUCCUCCUCCGCCACAAGCUCCAGUCGCUCGCCGCGGCGGCUGCGGCGGCGGCGGCGGGAGGGGAAGACGACGCGGCGGCGUUCGGGGUCUCCUGCCGCGCGGACGAGGCCACGGCGCCGUCGAACCCGGCCUUCUCCGCGGCGGACGGCGUCGCCUCCAAGGACCUCCACAUCGACCCCAACUCCUCCCUCUCCGUCCGCAUCUUCCUCCCCACCCCGCCGCCGCGCCCGCACAGCCGCCGCGCCAGCGAGCCCCCGCCCGCCACCGCCAACGGCGGGAGCGCGCCCUACAGGGGCUACCUCCCGCACGCCGUCUCCUCCCCGCGCGCCGCGGCGUCCGCGCGGCGGAGGCUGCCCAUCGUCGUCCAGUUCCACGGCGGCGGGUUCGUGUCCGGGAGCAGCAGCUCCGCCGCCAACGACGCCUUCUGCAGGAGGGUGGCCAAGAUGUGCGACGCCAUCGUCGUCGCCGUGGGAUACAGGCUUGCGCCCGAGAGCCGCUAUCCCGCCGCGUUCGAUGACGGGGUCAGGGUGCUCAGGUGGAUCGCCAAGCAAGCGAAUCUCGCCAUGAUGAGCAAGGUCGGUGGCGGGGUGGACACGUUCGGUGCUUCUACCGUCGAGCCGUGGAUUGCUGCCCAUGGUGAUCCGGCAAGAUGUGUACUACUUGGUGUAAGCUGUGGUGCCAAUAUUGCUAAUUUUGUCACUCGGAAGGCAGUAGAAGAUGGAAAGCUAUUUGACCCUAUCAAGGUUGUUGCACAGGUUCUGAUGUACCCAUUCUUCAUAGGAAGCGUUCCAACACACUCGGAAAUAAGGCUUGCGAACUCAUACUUCUAUGACAAGUCCACAUGUAUACUUGCUUGGAGAUUAUUUUUGUCAGAGAAGGAAUUCAGCCUGGAUCAUCCUGCUGCGAAUCCCCUGGCUCCUGAUAGAGGAGGGCCACCACUGAAAUGUAUGCCUCCGACCUUGACAGUCAUCGCGGAACAUGACUGGAUGAGGGAUCGAGCAAUUGCAUACUCGGAGGAGCUCCGCAAGGUGAAUGUCGAUGCACCUGUUCUUGAUUACAAGGAUACAGUUCAUGAGUUUGCAACCCUCGAUGUUUUCCUCAAGACACCGCAGGCCCAGGCCUGUGCCGAGGACAUCGCCAUAUGGAUGAAGAAAUACAUAUCCCUCCGAGGACACGAGUUCUCGUAUUAGUAGUUGUAGCAAAUAUAUCAGAACUGUGAAAUAGACUUACGGGAAAGCAUCAACAUGUUCUUUUUCACCUGGUAAUGGGAGCAAUUGCAAAGUGGAGGCCAGGAACCUGUUAGCCUAAUGUGAGUGAGUACUGGGCUUUUUCCCCCCAUUUAUUAUGGUCUUUGUGAGAGAGAAUGUAGUGUGCAAAUUGUAGACUGAACUCAAAGACGAUGCUCUUCCCCCUGUAGAGCUCAAUUCUUUAAUUUCUUUUGUACCCUUUGUGUAAUAUGAAAUUGUUGGGGCUUGAAUUUACCAUUUUUGAGAAGGCAAGUGUCAUUGUCCAAUGAUCAAUUUAAAGAAAAAGCGUUGAUA